CCGCGGCCAGCCGAGCAGCUCUAAACAGAAGAGAAGCCCACCCGGAUGACUAUGGAAAGCGACGACGUCCUCCACAUAUCUCCAUUUCUCUCACCGCCCCACCGUCGACGAUUGCGCAACUACCGAGAAAGAGCCGGCGAAGAGACGGAUUCCAGUGACGGUGAAUGGGUCACAGCGACUUCUGGCGAAGCGGGACAGCAACGGCCCCCCGGUCGCAACCUCAGCCCUCGUCGUCGCGAGCUCAGCCCAAUUCGCAGCGUGCCCAGCAGAGACCCGCUCCCUGUCUUGCCCGACACUUCGCACCUUGCCGUAGCCUCUCCUCGUGGUCGGGGGUCACGGCGUGUCUACAACACGCGCAGUCGUCGCCGCGGUGGAAGCAGUUCUGGGCUCGGAAGCAGUCCCUCCCCUCUACGAGCCGAAGCCCGCCGCCGCCGUGGGAGCACCACGGACGCCAUCCGCAACCUCCGCGCCGGACCAAACUCGCUGCUUCUUUCCGGUACGCUCCAUGAGACCGACUCGAGCCCUGGAUUACUGGAAGAAGAAGACCACGCGCUCUACGCCCACGACGAUCUGAACGCGGGCUCGUCCAGUCUACAUUGGAACCAGCCGUCCAUGUUCCCACGGCCCGCGUGGCCUGCAGGAACAAACAGCACACCAGAGGAAGAGGACGAGUGCGCCGACCUCGAUGAACAACUGUCCCGUCUCUCCUCGCGCCUCACGCCGCAGUCCUCACAGCUCUCUAUUGACGACCUGUACAUCCCCUCUCGAUUCAAGACUCGAGGCGGGGUUAUGAAGCGGUCCAGGGAUAAGUUUGAAACGAACGACAGUAAAGACAUAAUGAGGACGCUUGCCAAGAAAGGAGCCGUGUCGGUUCUAUGCUAUCAUCGUGAGACCCCGGACCCUGGAGCCAACGAUGUUUGGCCAAGUGUUCGUAAUCCAGCUCAACUCCCAGCACGCUACUUCCUACUUGACCGAGAGGGUCGCGCUGUGCAAACCGAGACCAAGACCAAGCGAUACACCUUCCGCGAUGCCGUUCGUCCCGCCAAAAUCCUCAAGCUCAAGGUUAAGUCGCCAAAUCUAGAAGCACCUGUGGACGAGAGACCCCUCCCGACAACUGUAUGGCCAGCCGGCAAAAUUCCCACGGAGCUCUACGAAGAGGUCGCUAGCUACCUGAACCGCGAUGAUAUAAAAUCAAUGCGACUAGUGUGCCGCGAGUUUGACAUGCACAUUUCCCAAGUUCUCUUCAACACCGUGGUUGUGCCAUUUAAUACCGAGAUAUAUGGCAUGCUUGACAAAGACCAGAAGCCAGGCCCCAAGGGGAAGAAGAACGUCAAAGUUGACAAGUUGGUUUGGAACAAUGCCCAUGACGGCGAUGUCUACGACGGCCACGGACUUGACGUAUUUAGAGGUUUCGGCGAGCGCAUUCAUCAGUUUGGUAUGAGCUUCGACGUCAACGAAGACUCGCUUGCUCGACCACCGGAGAAAACCUUGACGGAGAAUCUAACCUCUUUCUGGGGCAAUUACGAGUGGCCAUACGAACAGUAUACUCGAUUCGAGGACGUUGCGGGCCUGGAGUCUGCUGCAGACGAGACGCCUCGGAUGAAGGAGGCUUUCACUGAGCUGAAGAAAGUCCGGGAGCUGGCCCUUUCCGUUGAUAGCGGCUUAGGUUGGCUUACCGGCCCCGACCGAUCCAUUCGCGCUAGAAUCCUGCAACGUCAGCCAGAGGUCUUCGGUAGGUCAAAGAAGAUACCUGACCGUCGAGCACAGGCGCAACUAGAGUUGUGGGAUCACGUUGAGUCUAGUCACCGCGCUGCAGAAAGCGAUGUGAGACUAGCAACGCUCUACAAGAUUGAGGGCAAUCGAGCUAUGGCAGAACUGCUGGACCCCAACAUGCAGCAUCGGGGUCAGCCUGAAAUGCCCUACCUAGACCCGCGCAUCAUCAACGAAGCGAUCCAGCACGACGCUGCCGAUGCUCAGGUACCGUCCUCUUUUGAUGACCCUGAUACGCUCGACCGAUUGGUUAUGAUGCCGUCGUCGCCUGGAUUGGGUAUUUUGUUCUCAUCUACUACCACUCCCACCGAUUUCGGUCAGCUACAGAGCCCGAUUAUCCCCAAAAACUUGACCAAGGCCCAGAAGGAAUGGCUACUGGAGACCGAGUGGGCCCAGCGAGCAUUCUUGUCGUCUUAUAUGCUCUCCAUCAUCGACAACUUUACACUAGGUACCUUCCAACAUGUUCACACGCUCAACAUAUCUCAGCUCUCGGAUCGAUACCUCCCAACGAUCAAUCGGCAAGAUUUUUGGAAUGCCUUGCCCAGCCUUAAGAAAGUCAUUCUCCUAGUCAUUCCUGGAUGGCGUACUGUCGCCAAAGACGAGGCCGGCUUUGUGGAGACACCUACGGUUAGCCCAUCUAGCAACAUUAAUGCCUUCUACGAACUACUUCGGAACAUUAACGGCAGGCGCGAUGUUGUCGGAAAGGACCGUGUCAAGAGAUGCAAUAUUGAGAAGCUCACUUUCGGAUGGGUUGGUGGAGGUGAGCACGCCGAAGGUGUCCAUGCGAGGAACCGGAAUUUGCUACCUGCGCCUCUAUUGCAGGCCGACGUAGCCACAGAGCAAGACGCUGCUAUCAUCUCCCAACGCAUACUUCAGUUUCCUUAUGUGGAGGAGCUCACACUCAAGAAUUGCUGGAUUACACCACCGGUGUUGCGACAGCUUGUCCAGCAGCAUGACAAACUUAGCUUGAAGAGCCUGGUCUUGGAUUCUGUAUCUCUCACUGCUAUGCUCCGAAAUCCGGGGAAUGCCAACCACAAUAACGUUGGCCCAUUCAUCGGGGCCGGCCUGCAAGCAGGGAUGCUCGGAGGGUUCUUGAACAAUGCCAACAAUGCCAACGCGGUCCAGCAGGCACAACAAAACCCCCCUACGCCUCAGCAAUUGUUGCAACUCCACAUCCAAACUACACAGCUCCAGAUACACCAUCUGCAGGUCCAAGCGCUUGCCAAUAACCACAACCAACAAGCCACCAUCACAGCUCUCCAGACUCAGCUGCAGCAACAACUUCAGCUCCAGGUGCAAAUGCACGUGCAGGGUCAGCCCCAGGUGAAUCUACCGGUGCAAAAUCCAGUGCAGCAAAACAAUGCCGCUGGAGGCGUUCCCGCAUGGAUGCAACAAGGAAACAACUGGGUCCAACAACAGGGUCAAAACAACCUAAACAACGUAGGCGUUGGCGGCAACAUCUGGGCCAUCAACCAAGCAGCCGCACCAGCCGUAGCGGCCGCCCACGCCCCGCCACCUCUACCACAACUAGCGCAAAGUCCUCAAACAGUCCUCAAAGCCCAGCCUAGAGAAGGCUCCUGGCUCUACCUCCUCGACAUCAUCUCACCAGGCCUCAACCUCUCCGACUUCUCCAACACGCACUCCCUCGCUGACUCCGACCGCACUACCUCCCUCCAAUCCAUCUCCUUCUUGUCCUGUGGCUACGCAAAACUCCCCUAUCUCCAAUUCGACCAAGUUGCUAUUGAGCCGUCGAAUCCGAUCCCAAAGAAUCCAGUUUUUACGAAGCGAUAUAAUACCCUGAGCUCAGUCAUGUUGGGCUCGAAGUUCCCGCUGCUGGCCGAGAUCGUCCAGGAGGUUGAUGCAAACGAGUUGGGCGCAUUGAUGGCGGGCUGGUAUCUUGAGACUGGGUGGAAGGAUGAGGAUGCAAAGAAGGGUCCGGAGUUUGAUGGAUUGUUGCCGGGUGGGACAGGGAGGUUUUCAGGGGUUGUGAGAAGAAGCGAUAGGGUUGAGGGUGCUGACAGGGCGGCUGGUGAGGGCUAGGAGAUUGAUGGUGGGGUUAAGGAGGAGAGCUAAAGGGAAGGUGCUCGCAGCAUGUGGUGUUGUGUUGUUGGUCAAGACAGGGAGAUUGUGUGCGGUUUCUGACGGACAGAUCUCUUCUUGAUGGCCGGGCAUUUUGACGAAUAUUUAAAAAACCCCAACUGCAUUUCCUUUUAUUUUAGCAGCUUGUACGAUAGUGUCCGUUUGUAUAAGCUGGCUCUCAUAUUAUGGCCUUGGUUCGUCGGAUGCGCCUCGUUCGAGGUGGUAGGGCAUGGCGUGGCAUGUUCUCAGGGAGGUCUGGAGGCAUGCCAGAUGGUUUCUAUGAUUACAUGACUGGAUUUGGUGGGGCAUUGGCAUGAUCAUCACGGAUUCAUGAAUGUGUGUUAUUAUAGAACAGAGAUCGCG